UGCCACCUGUCAAUGCUCAUCAAUGCAAGCUAUCAGUGCUCAUCAAUGCCACCUGCCAGUGCCCAUCAUGCCUCAUCAAUGCCACAUAUAAGUACCUACCAGUGAACAUCAAUGCCACAUAUCAGUGCCCAUCUGAACUGCCUUUCAGUGUCACCUAUCAGUGCCAGUCAGUGCUACCUAUCAAUGCCAUGUCAGUCAAUGCCGCCUAUCAGUGCGCAUAAGUGUCGCUUAUCAGUGCCCGUCAGUGCUGCCUAUCAGUGCCACCUAACAUCAGUGCCACCUAACAGUGCCAGUCAGUGCUGCCUAUCAGUGCCACCCAUCAGUGCAGUCUAUCAG